GUUUUUGAGGCGCAUCUUUAAUUAAUUAUCAAAAUCGACUCUUUCUACCUACCUUGGGUGCUUUGGGAAGAGUUUGGAUGAAUACCCUCCUUCUUCGUGUCUCGUCUUUGUUGCCAUGCACUGAACUUGAGAGCCAAAUCCAACAUUAUCAGAAUGACGGCCGUGCCGCCGCCGCAAGUCGUGGUGGUUGACUUUCACCAUGCACGAGGACCCGAAGUCGAGUUUUGGGUAGAUCCGGCCGGCGUCGAGCUGUGCAGGCGCAACGACUGGUCACUUUUGCCGUUCAUGGCCUUGUCCGACGGCGCGCACGCCAUGGCCGAGGAGUUUUCAUACUUUACGCUGUUGAACAGAGGAACCGACGGCGGGGCCGAAACCGAAGUCGAGGCCGGGGCGACGAGCUUGUUCGGAAUAUCCUGUACCCGACAGAUACGGUCGGAAAAGUUGAAGCGAAGGUCGGCCGACGUGACCAGGUCGACCGUCCAGAAAGCCGUGGUGGUGAUCACUUCGACGGCCCGAGGGAUGGGUGAGCUGAGGGAGCGAGUGGGAGCCGUCACCGCCGCUUGGUUCAAACAGGAGGACUUUUCAGACAUUACGAUACUAAAGGAAUUCCAAGAGAGUCUUGCACGAUCACCGGCCGUACACGACGAUGGCAAUGAUCAUUAUUUUGGACUAUCACUGCGAGAAAUGAUUUACGAGUUUAGGCACCAGACCCUUGCCCUGGUGAAAUGCCUUCUUCUGCAACGGAAAAUGCUAUUCUUCGGAUCCAAAUGUGAAAGACUUUGCAUGAUGCAAUUCGCCCUCGUCUCUCUCAUCCCAGGCUUGAUCAGAAAUCUCCAGGACGCGGCCGAUCCGAAUUUGGACUCUUACUCACAAAACACAAAGAGAGCGGUCACGCUGAGGACGAGUGACAGGAAUUCAUUAUUGUCUUAUAUGGGUCUACCUUUACAAAUCUUUGGCAAGGGAUCCUUCUUCGGCCCCUACACGCCCCUUCAACAACUCGACAUCCUCGCCGAUUAUGACACCAAGUCCUACGUCGUCGGAUCCACGAAUUCGUUGCUGCUGCAGCAAAAGGAAAAGUACAGCGACAUACUGAUCAACCUGGACGAAUCCAACAGCAUCACCGUCACGUCCCCUUCUCUGCGGACGGCGUUGACCUUGUCGGCGGCCGACCGGCGGUGGAUCGACUUCUUGACUCAAACCGUGUUGGACACGUGGGACCCGGAGAACCCCAGUCGACCGAAGAACAUGGGAUACGCCGGGUCCGAGGACGCCAUCCGCCUGCAGUUCGAAGAGUACAUCCUCGGCUUGUUGAGUAGCAUGGCUUACCAGGUCUACCACGAGUCCAUGCAGACAGAGGCCGGGAUCCCCGCUUCCGUCACCAACACCGAGCACUACCCGGACCCGGGAGACACGGCGACGGACUUCAACCCCGAGUUCCUGGCCAUCUGGAGGAGCACGCACAAUUUCGAACUGUUUGACCGGUUGACCCGAGGGAACCGGAUUUUCGACAUCAUCGAGCCUCGCCACCCGACCGCCGGAGGUCUGGGCGUCGAGGACGUCCAGAGGCGCCUACAGCAGAACCUCGCCGAACUCCACCUCGACGAACGGAUGAGGGAAGGCAGGGAACAGCUCGGCAAGACCUUUGCCGUCGGACGAGAGAGGGUGGUCAGGUUUUGGGCCGAAGUCGAACAACGUAGAAAGGUCGGUGGUGGAAGAAGUACUAGUGGAAACCGCGGUGGUGGUGGUGGUGGUGGUGGUUCGAGAGAUAGUUUGGAGGUUAGUGGUGGCAAGGAGAAUGACGGUUUGGAAAAGGAGUCGUCAUCGUCAUCAUCUGCCAAAACAGUAGGGACAGGUUCCGUUUCUGGUUCCGGAUCUGGUUCGACAGGAGGCGGCGGCGGCGGCGCCGGUUGGGCCACUUCAUUCCGUGACCGAGCAUCCAAGGUACAGUUGCAGAGACCAAACGUCGACACGGCCCAACUUCAAGCGUCCGCCAAGGAGAACGCAGCGAAGGCGGGUGCCUACCUGAGCAGUUGGGGUAGUUGGGCAAAGGAUCGUAUGCAACAGGGCAGGGGAGGUGUUGGAGGAGGAGGAGGAGGAGGAGGAGGCGGGAGUGCACCCGCGAGCACGAGUACGAGCACAACGCCUACUCCCACGACGGCGACAACCACGGCGGCGACGGGAGUGCCUACUGCUGCUAAAGGGGAAAACUAGGGAGGACAAACCGGAACAGAAGCUCCGGUCCUUGACAGAUGGACUAAAACAAACCUCUUCUUGCAAGCUUGGUCGUGAGGGAUUUCUUUUUUGGCACGAGAAAACCCAAACCAAACCAAACCAAACCAAACCAAA